GCCCGCAUAGUCAGGAACGUGACGUCAGGCACGUAACAAUAUUUAAAUUACAUGUAUCUACCUACCUUACUUUGUCAUUCGACAAGCAGAAUAAAAUCAGGUAGGUAGUACAGUGGUUAACUUCCUUCUUCGGUGAGCCCUCUUUAUUUUGGAAUUCUCUGCAAGAAAAACGUUUACCAAAGAAUCUAUAAUAGACAGUGGGUACAUGAUCGGAGCGUGCAACGUUUAUCGUGUUUUACGAUAAUAAACAACCAAGUUAUUAAUGUAGUGCUCAUAACAAAACAAAUGAGCUCAUUAUAAUCUCUUUAAUAAGCUGAAUCAGUUUACCAGAGUUUAGUCUAGUAGUCACACUGGUUUGGUAUACUACUUUCUACACAAUGUCUCAAAACAAACAAGAAUUGCGUGUAGUGACAUAUAUGUGUCCAACGCACCCGAUCCAACUGUAUGAAUUAAUCUUGGAAUUACUAGAAGAAGCAUUGGGUUGUUAUACCACUUUGCAAUAUGAAAGCAGAAGCCCGGGACCAUUACCAGAUCGACCUGAUCCAUUUUCCACUAAUAAAGUUGAUUUAGCGUUCAUGACAGCGUCCGCAUAUAUAAAACUGCGAGAAAAGAAGAACGGUAACAUUGAAUUACUACCAGUAACACCAGUUUUCGCUCAUCAGAUGAAUGUGGAAAACAAACCAGGAUAUUUCUCGGAUAUUAUCAUUCACAGUGAUAAGAAGGCUCAUAACGUUAAUACUUUAUUGGAUCUUCGCGGUUGUACAUUUGCAUACAGUGACGAGGAAUCUCUGAGUGGAAGUAAAAUAGUGUUAAAAACAUUAAAAGAAAAAGGCGAAAAUGCUUCAUUUUUUGGAUCUCUGCUAAGAUCUGGAUCACAUUUGUCGUCGGCUCAGAUGGUGCUCUCUAAACAAGCAGAAUGGGCCGCAGUUGACUCCACAACUCUCCUUUUUUCUAAGAAGUUUAUGUACGAUGGUGGCAAAGAUAUUAUAACCCUGGAAACUUUAGGUCGAUUACCACCAUAUCCUAUCGUGGUCAACGCUAAACUACACGAAGAGACAAAAAAGGCAAUAACAAAUGCGCUGCUCCGCCUACCUCAGACACAACAGUGGAAAAACAAAUUUGCUAAAUUCGGCAUAAUCAAGUUCGAGGUUAAUAGCGAUGUCGCUUACAAUGGGCCGGCUACACAGAUGUGGGCCAUCCAAAACGAAAAACUCAAUGUUCGGUAUUAUUAGAGCAUUUCUAAUAAUUUCUUUACUGUAUAUUAUUUAUAUUUUGUACACUGACUAUACUCCUAAAUAAUAAAAGGAUUAAUUAAUAGCACUUCGCAAUUUUUUAUUUAUGUAUACUUUUCUAGUAAUAAAUUAUAUUAUUGACAUAAAUAGUUUAUUUAUUAAGUAGCAUAGGCAACAACUAUAAGUACCAAUUCACAAUUUUAGAGUAUUUACUCGAUCCUCAGUUUUUGUGAGGUGUUCCUGGGACAGAUGUUCCAGUUUUACUACUUCUUACAUUUUUGUAAAACAAUGUUAAGAGAUACGACUUCUUUUUUCUUUGCGCCGCAAUCUAUAAGAACCCCACGAGGAACUCUUAUUACUCCCAUUGUUAUUGGCACCUCUGGAGGUUUACGAUGAGUUUCAGUUUCUGUCUGCAAUAUAAGUAAGAUUUAUUUUUAAUAUUUAUAAUGAAAAUAUGUCUGUCGUAUUUUCUUAUAAGGGUAUUCAUAAAAAUAAUUGAGCAUUGUAAUUUUAUUGGCAUACAGAAGGCAUAUCCAUGUAAUGUAAGCCACAUACUCAAAGUAAAUCAUAGUUACUUAGAGAUUUUGAGUAAGCUGCUUACAUAAUAAAUUCAUCUCUAUCUAAUUAUUUAUGUUAAAAAAAUAAAUUAUUAUUCAUAUAAAUUUGGACUUUAUCAUAUAAGUUUUCAUAGUGGCAUAGUGCUACUGAGCAAGGUGAAAGAAA